AUGGUUGUCUGCACGUACUUUCAGCAGGGGCGCUGCAGAUUUGGAGACCGUUGUAAGAAUGAGCACCCCAGCCAGCAGACAUUGAGCUCCGGCAACCGUUUCGGGGCACUUGCUGGGGGAGGUUUCGGAGGCCGUGGCGCCCAGACUCAGCAAUCUGCAGACUAUGGAAUCACUACGGCGGACAUCAAGGCCGAUCUUACCGCCGGUAAAGGCCGGCCAGAAUGGGUUUUUUCCUGCUACGGUCCCGGCAGAAACGCCCCAAGGCAAUUAUUUGGAGGCGCUAAUCGAGAGCGGAGUUUUGAAGAGCUGCGACUGCGCCAUUACGAAGCUGCCGCAGCAGGCAACGCCGACCAGGCAGUCCAAGAAGCUCAAGCUCUGUAUGGGGAGGCAUUGAAGCAGAUGGAUGUCAUCCUGAAUGAUUUAAACGGUGCUGUGAAGUAUGUCGUCGACGGUAUCAAUGAACAUCCCAACAGAAUUGAUAUCGUGGAGGGCAAAACCGGCCCUGCUUCCACCCCAGCACCUUCUGCUUUCGGUCAGCCCUCGCAACCUAGCCAACCUUCACCAUUCGGGCAACCCGCUGCUCCCAGCUCAGCACCGGCUUUUGGUCAGCCUUCAGGAUUAGGCAGUCAACCCUUUGGCAAGCCAUCUGCGUUCGGUCAGCCGUCAGCCUUCGGGCAGCCCUCGGCCUUGGGCCAAACAUCUGGCCUGGGGCAAGCACCUGGCUUCGGACAACCUAGUGCUUUAGGUCAAGGGUCUGCAUUUGGACAGCCCUCAGGCUUGGGAGGAGGGCAGUCGGCAUUCGGUAAACCAGCCUUUGGCCAGCCUAGCUUUGGUCAGCCUUCUACCGGCCAGUCUUCGUUCGGCCAGCCAUCAUCACUCGGAACAUCGGCAUUCGGGACACCUGCUGCGGCCUCCCCAUUUAGUCAGAUAUCAGCUCCUAGCCAGCAACCAAGCGGCUUUGGUCAGUCCGCCGGACAAGCAUCACCAUUCGCACAGGUCGGGAGUCAAACCCCCGCCGCGUCUUCUGGCUUCGGUCAACCCUCGACAACACAGCCUGCUGGUUUCGGCCAACCGUCACAGACAGCUUCGCCUUUUGGUCAACCACAACAACAACAACAACAACAACCGGCCUCAAACCCGUUUGGACAACCCUCCACGGCCGCAGCUCCGAGUCCCUUCGGGGCUCCAAGCCAACCAGCUGCACCUUCAGGAUUUGGACAGCCCGCUAGCGGAUUUGGACAGUUAGGCCAAUCAGCGCCUGCUCCCGCUCUUGCAUCCACGCCAACAGCUACCGCAGGAACCGGCCCUCCUGCUAUCAUCAAGAUAGACAACCCCAAUGAGCUACACCCCAUCCCACCGCUGACAGGUCAGACCAUUCGCGACCCUAUGACCAAGAGGCUCUCAGCCUGGAAGGGGCAACCGGUCAAGUACAUCAACAACGAACCCUGCUAUCUACAUCCGCAGGAUCGUCAGACCUACGUCCGCAUCUUCUUUCCAGAUGGACCCCCUGAUGCAGCCAGCUUACGGGACGCACAUGCAAAGGACGAGGAGUAUACAGCUGAGGUCACUGCGCAGUACGAGUUCUUCGUGCAAAACGGAUGCUUCAAGGACGGAGUGAUUCCGAGCGUGCCCCCGAAGACGGAAUGGGUGAGCUUCGACUUUUAG